AAAAACAACAACAGAUGCUUCUUGGCUGUCCAGCAAAAUGCAGCAACUGUGCACAAGAUGAGCUAUUAUCCAUCUACAGUGUAUCACUAUGUUGUUGACAAAUCAAUGGCUCUGACAGUGAUGACUGUGUGUGUUACAGUAAAGCACUCAGACUGUCUCCCUGCCUGCCCGCUGUGGAGACCUCAGCACGGGAGCACUCCAGGUAUCAAAAUUUAACGAUGAGAGUGCGGUAGCCAUAAUCUGAUCCACACGUUUUUAUGAAUGUAUGACUCACGCGUACUAAGGCUAAGGGCCGCCGAAGAGCCCAAACACAUUCAGGAGAUCCAUCCAUGGAGGAACCAAGGCAAAGGGAUGGUCAGGGUGAAAAGAGACUGGAUCAUCCCUCCAAUCAGAGUUCUGGAGAACAGCAAGCAAGUCCCAGAAAACCUCGUCCAGAUCAAGUCUGAUAAAAUCUUCACAGGAGAAGUGAUCUACAAAUUAGAGGGUCCGGGCGUGGAUCAGGCGCCCAAGAAUUUCUUUGAGAUUGAUGACAAAACAGGAAUGAUCAGAAGCAAGCGUCCUCUGGACAGAGAGAAGUACAGCAGCUUCACGCUGAAAGCCUUUGCGCUCUCACCCAGUGGAGAGAGACUGGAGAACCCGACCACCAUUGAAAUUGUGGUGCUGGACCAAAAUGACAACAGACCUGCCUUUACACAGAAACAGUUUACUGGUGCUGUGUCUGAGUUUUCGGUCCCAGGUACAUCCGUGAUGUCAGUGACGGCCACAGAUGCAGAUGACCCAACUACCGAAAACGCUUUUCUCAGCUACUCUAUCAUUGGCCAGGAAAGCAUCCCAGCCAACGCCGUAACCAAGACCAUGUUUGGCAUAAACAACGAGACAGGAACCAUCUACACAAGAGAUGUAGGCCUUGAUCGAGAGGUAGUGAAGACCUUCAAGCUCAAGCUCCAGGUUGCUGACAUGGGUGGCAUGGGGCUGACGAGUGAGGGUGUGGCCAUCAUUCAUGUGUCUGACAUCAACAAUCACGCCCCGCAGUUCAGCCCUAACUCGUACAAGAUGACAGCCGUGGAGAACAGGAGGAACUAUGAGAUUGGUCGUGUCAAUGUGACAGACAUUGAUGACCGCGGAACAGGAAACUGGGAGGCGAGAUACUUCAUCUCAAAUGACCCUUACAGAAACUUUGCCAUCACUACAGACGCUGCCACCAAUCAGGGCAUUCUGAUGGUGGUCCAGCCCUUGGAUUAUGAGGCCCAGAUUGAGUACACUUUGAUUCUGGCAGUGGAGAACAUCAAUCCUCUGAGCAGCAAGGCUCCCAACUUGCCAGUGAGUACAGCCACAGUGUUGGUCACAGUCGUCAAUGAAAAUGAAGCACCGCGUUUCAGGGAAGACCCAAUACAGAUCGCAGUACCGGAGUCCGUAGCUCCUGGAACACUACUGAAAAGCAACAUCGCGUUUGACCCUGAUAAUUCUGACCUGAGGUAUGAGAUAAGUAGAGAUCCUGAAAGAUGGCUGGAGAUCAACAGAAAUACAGGAGAAAUUACUGCGAGGAGAAGCUUUAAUAUGCGAUCACAACAUGUUAGAAACAACAUCUACGCCGCUAUUGUCAAGGUCACAGAUGCUGGUGGCGUGUCCACUACUGCCACUGUGGCCAUUACCCUGACGGAGAUCAACGACUUCCCCCCACAUCUCUUCCCCCUGAGCGGCACUGUAUGCAGGGAUACACGAAGGGUGAUUUCGGGACUGGUCCUGACUGCUGAGGAUGAUGAUCUUCCACCACAAGCUGCACCCUUCAUCUUUGAAAUGCCCCUUGAUGUGUCCGUCAACUGGACUGUCAUUCAAGUCAAUGACACUCAUGCAGUACUGCAGCCUCUGGUUGAACUGGAAGACGGACAAUAUGCAGUCACAGUGAUGGUGUCAGACUCUGGAAGCCCACCUUUCAGCGCUUACUCUCAGAUCAACGUCACGGUGUGUCUCUGUGACGCAUUUGGCGACUGUAAGUCCGAGGCGGGGGCGGUAUUUGCCUCCAGCGUGGGGAUCAGCUUCAUCGCUCUCAUUAUCAUCAUGGCCAGUAUCGCCCUCCUUCUGUUGCUGCUCCUCUUGGCUGUGGUGGUGACCUCUUGUGGGAGACGGCAUCAUAUCAAGAAGGGAACCGGUCUGCUUGUGGGGGAUUCGGAAGAUGACAUUCGGGACAAUGUCCUCAACUACAAUGAGCAAGGAGGGGGUGAGGAAGAUGAGAAUGCCUUCAACAUCGACCUGCUGUGGAGUCCCCUUGAUGCGCCCACAACGCCAACGUCCUACUACCCAGCAUCUGGUGUUCCUCGAGGCAAACAGCCUGUCAGAAAAGAUGCACCACAUAACCUGCCGUCACCCACCUACCCUCGGAGGCCCCCAGCAGAUCCCACGGACAUUGAGGACUACAUCAGCGAUGGACUGGAGGCGGCAGACAAGGAUCCCAACGUUCCUCCGUACGACACAGCCCUGAUCUACGACUACGAGGGAGAGGGCUCUCUAUCAGGCAGCCUCAGCUCCAUUGCGUCCGGCAGCUCCGAUGGAGACCAGGACUACGACUACCUCAACGACUGGGGACCACGCUUUCAGAAACUGGCCAACAUGUAUGACCCACGUUAGGGUGGAAGGUGACCUUUAGCGGCUGUAAGGAACAGUUCAUGCUUUUAGGGUGUUUCACUGGACACGUAUGAGACGUUAAUAUCCAUCACUGUGUGCCAAAAAGUGCUAUGCAGGACCGCUGGUCUUAAAGAGUUUGUGAGGUAGUACAGUUGAAAGUAUUUGGAUAUUACUACAAGUAAAACACUAUGGACUUGUUAAAACCUUGACAAGGGUGCUCAGGAAAUGAAGAAAGUAGGAAGGAGCUAUGCAUGCUGCAAGGCAAACUGAAUGUGUUGAUUGUCUAAAUGUACUUCUUUUUUUAUAUACAGUAUGUGAUUAUUUUAUAAGAUGUAUUUGCUUUGUUGUUCUUUGCUUGAUCCUAAAUCCUCCAUUCCACCCAUUGUCAUACAUUUUAAACGAAAUAUCACCACAAAAAACUAAAACUGUCAGUUUAUGUGGGGCUGAAGGAGGUGUUGUGUUUGGACUUUUCUUGUGUCGAUACCAAAUAAAUUAAAGUAUUGUAUUUGUUAUUUUGAAAUAUGUUACCCAUCAAACAAAACAGCAGGUUUGCUCUUGAUUUUGUAUUUCACUCAUAUACUUAAUGAAAGAUCAUUUCACACUGUAAAGCACUAUUUAAAUAA